AUGGGCCCCUGUACCGCCUCCUCAUGCUGCUGCCAGGCCCCUAAUCUGCCAUGGGCCCCUGUACCGCCUCCUCAUGCUGCUGCCAGGCCCCUAAUCUGCCAUGGGCCCCUGUACCGCCUCCUCAUGCUGCUGCCAGGUCCAGAGUCUCUCAUGGGUCCCUGUACGGCCUCCCAUUGCUGCUGUCUCCAUCGCCACACUCUGCCAUGUGCCACUUUCAGGUCUCCUCACACUGCUGGUGUGUGUUCCAUUUUUUGUCAUAGGGUGCUGGCAGAUUACGGGCCUCCCAUAGCUGCUGCCAGGCCCCUAAUCUGCCAUGGGCCCCUGUACCGCCUCCUCAUGCUGCUGCCAGGUCCAGAGUCUCUCAUGGGUCCCUGUACGGCCUCCCAUUGCUGCUGUCUCCAUCGCCACACUCUGCCAUGUGCCACUUUCAGGUCUCCUCACACUGCUGGUGUGUGUUCCAUUUUUUGUCAUAGGGUGCUG